AUGGAACAACUAAUAGUAAGAAACAUCGAAUUGGACAAGAUUUGCCGUAUUUGUUUGGCGGUGAAGAAGGAAAUGCGCCCAAUUUUUGGUGACAUGAUCGCGAACAUGUUGAUGGAAUUCGCCAAAAUACAGAUUGAACAAAUGGAUGGUUGGCCGGACAAAAUUUGUGUACAAUGCAUCCACCAAGUUAGUCGUUGCCAUGCGUUCAAGACGCGUGUGGAAAGAUCCGAUAUAGCAUUGCGGCAAUAUAUCAAAGGGAUCACGGUUACGGUAGAGCCGGAAAAUAAAGAUUGUGUUCCAGCAGAAAUUGCAAAAAUGAGCCUAAGCCCACCCAAACUUCAACAAGUGGCCCCGGCGAUGAUGCCACCGCAGUUACACGAAUUACAUAUCCAGCGGGCGGAUAUGCAAGCCAUUCAGACUGAGCCACCUAUGGCAGCUCCUGCCAUGAUAUUGACCAGCGCACAGCUGAUUAAUGCCGGAGCACAGAUUAUUAACACUGGCCACAUAAUCACUACGGCGACUGGUCAGCAGAUCAUUCAGACUACCCCGCAAUUCCAAGCUGCCUCGAUUGGUCAGUUUAUACAAGGUCCAAACAACACCGUACAAAUGAUCACGCAAAACGGCCAUCCUGCACACGUUCUGCAAAUUCAACGCACCGCAGACGAUCGAUGUGAGAUAAUAGUGCAACCGGAUAUGACCGAAGCCCAAUACCUGGAGAAUGUUUCAUCUGUGCCGCUGAUGGUGACGGCUCCGGCAGCAACUACAGCGCUACCUACCGAUGGAAUGCAUGCGCAUCAAUUGCAGACCCAUCACCACAUGACAAUGGAGCAAACCGAGCAAACAGAGCUGGAGGAGAGUGAAUCAGAAACGCAAAUGCACGAAGAAAAACUGGAAGCAGAUGUGGAAUAUGUAAUACCGGACGAUGAAAUGAUUGAAACGGACGAUAUCAUCGAAGAGAGUGCUGGCAUCGAAGAGGGAGAUAUGGAAUACUACGCCGAAACGGAGUGUGAAGAGUCGGAUGAUGAAGAAAAGCAGAUCGCGGAAUUCUUAACGUAUCAAACAUCGUGCCCCAGCCCCGGACGUUACGUGUGCAACCUUUGUCAUAAGGAAUUUAAUCAGCCGAAAUGGCUCCAUCUUCACAUGUCAUCCCAUACGAAUUGGAUCAAGGCAAACUGUAAAAAGCAACCGGAAUGUGAAAUUUGCCAUAAAAGUUUUCGUGGACCAGGCAUGUUGCGAAUGCAUAUGAAAACACAUGAGAAGGUGAACAAGAUACCUACAUGCAGCAUUUGUAACAAGGAGUUCAAAUCGAAAUCGAUACUGUAUCGCCAUCGGCAGACACACUUUGAGAAAAAUUUCGAAUGCUCCAUGUGUGAGAAGAAGUUCAGCUCCAAUUACCAGCUAAAUAUCCACGAGCAGCGUCACAAAAAGCCGAAAUGUCACAAAUGCCCCCACUGUGAUAAAGCAUACUUCAACGACACGGAACUAAAGAAUCAUAUUCAACAACAUUUGGGCACAACCACUAAGCAAAACAAAAAAAUUGCCAUCAGCAGAAGUUAA